AUGGAGCCAAUAUCCAAUUCUGAUGCAAGAAAUGCUGCAUUUAAUAAUAUAGCACCGAUAUUUUUGGCUACAAAUCAUCAAAACUAUGUGUGUCUGUCAGCACAACAUCUGCUCGAUUUACAUACAUGUGCAAAAUCUUUAUUUCAGAUUUUAUCAAAAUGUUUUGCUGUAAGAAGGGCAACAAGACCAUUUUCCACAAUAGGCAUGGAUCAAACAAUUGAAUGUACAAUUAACAAAAUGGGAAAGGGUCAUGGUGGUAUAUCAGGUCGUUUUCGGCCAGAAUUAGUUGAUAUAUGGCCCAAAACAUUUACGUUCAGAACAUUAUUAAAAUUGGAUGAAGAAGACUUAACGUUGAUAUUAUCAAAAUUAAACUAUGAAAAGCUAUAUUCAUGUGAAAACGAUCAUGUUGCACAAUUAUUAUCUGGAAAAUUAAUACAUGACGAUAUUGUUACAAUGUAUGUUCUUAUAAACAGCUUGGUUUGGAUUCAUUAUAUAAGUGAAGAUCGACCACUAAAUUUAUCAUCAUUAUUUAGUUAUGAAUUUGCAAAAUUUCCAAUUUCAUUGUGUGGUAGCAACAAUCCAUUGCUGAUGAAUCAGCAAAGUAAGGUGCCCGCAAUUCAAAAAUGCAGCACUAUCGUAACUUUCGGUCGAAAGCUACAUAGUCGGAUAGCCCUAACUGAGCUGAUUCCGAAUAUCACCUUUUGAUUCGAACUCGAUCAAGUUUUCGGGGAGAAAUCCUCAAAAUACUAAGAGCGCCAACAGAACAAAAGAUUUGCAUCCCUCUGAAAAAACUUGAGAUUUUACCACCUUCCGUUCACUGUAACUUUUCGAAUUUGAUAUGUUCGGAUUCACCAUCAAACAAACUGAGUCUAAUCGUGUACCUUUGAGUCACAAAAAAACAAAAUACCUGUGUUACACAAUUUUGACAAUAGUAGGCGCUCGACAAAAUGAGCUACCCUUCCGCAAAACCUAUCUCCUCCCUGGUUUUGAAAGUUUUCUCCGAUCGUCAUACGCCAUUCGAAUCAGCAUUUAAAGGCGAACAAAAGUAUGCAGCGCUUUUUCCAAAAAUUUGUUUCAUUCCUGAGAAAGUACAUUCUUUCUGAAUCAAGAGCGAAAAAAUCGGAAUUCUACCCAUAAUUCUCUAGUUUCUCCAUCAAAACUCAUUUUUUAUGCAAUAAAAAUAUCAUAUUCGGAGUUUGCGUCGAAAACCGAAUCGAAUGAUAUAUGUUUCAAAAUUUUUCGUUGAUUUUCGUUAUUGGUGAAAAUCUCAGUAAUUCUUGGACGUGAAAAUUCGAAAAACACAAAGGUGGUCGGAUAGGGUAAAAAAGUAUAUCAUUCGAUUCAGCUUUUGAUGCAUUUUUCCUUAAUUAGUUUACUGAUAGUCCAUUUUCUAGGCUUGGUCCUACCGAUCUUAAAUUCUGAACUUGCUGAUUUGUAGCAAAUUUCAUGAGCUCCAAAAUGAUAUAUAAUAGAAAAAUGUAUAUUGUCUUGUUUGGAACAAAAAUUUUUGCAAACCUAUCUAGUUUUUUGUGUGAAGAGAUGAAGCCGAAGUUUUUAUUUCAUUAGUAUCGCCGUUAAACGAGCUUUCAAAGUUUGUCCUGCGUUCUUUGAAAUUCCUCUCCACUGUGGAGAAAUUUUACUAUUUCCAAAUCAGAAGCGAAAACAUCGGAAUUCGGCCCAUAAUUCUACGUUUUCUUCACCAGAACUCACUUUUUGUGCAAUAAAAGUAUCAUAUUCGUAGUCAGCGGUGGAAACUGAGUCGAUUGAUGUACGUUUUUAUCCUAUACGACCACUUUUGUGUCUUUCGAAUUUUCAUGUUGAAAAGUUACUGAAAUUUUCACUAGAAAAUGAAAAUCAGCAAAAAAUUUCAACUCAUAUACCACUCGACUCAGUUUCCGACGUUGACUGCGAAUUUGAUACUUUUAUUGCAUAAAAAGUGAGUUCGAAAAUGUAGAAUUAUGGGUCAAAUUCCGAUGUUUUCGUUCCUGAUUUAGAAAUAGUAAAAUUUCUCAGCAGUGGAGAGGAAUUUCAAAAACGCAGGACGUAUUUUGAAAGCUCGUUUAAUGGUGGUUCUAGUGAUAUAAAAACUUCGGCUUCAUCUCUUCACACAAAAAACUAGAUUGGUUUGCAAAAUACUUCUUCUGAUCCUUGUACGUAGGCAUGCAACCAACCCACGCCAGGGCUCGCUGAUCGGCACCGAAUAGUUCGUAACCGAACAUGUUCGAUCACCAAACGGUUUGUUACCGAACAUGUUCGCUACCGUUCAGCGAGCCCUAGCUUGAGAUUGCUGCAUGCCUAGCCUGGACUAAAGACAAACGAAAUGAAGUUUUUGAAGGAACUAACCGGUGAGAAAAUAGGCUAACUAAAGUACAACGUGCGCGAAUGUGUGUUCUACCGGAUCGCUACUGAACAUGUUGGUGGAAUGGUUCGCUACCAGAGGUUUAAAAAACUAGUUUAUCAAAGCUUAGAACGUGAGAGCGAAAAAAUACAUGAAAGAAAGCUCUGUAAAACAGAAAAAAUGCUGAAGAUUACACCAUAUGAAGGAGCAGUCAUGAUUACGCCGUAGCCGUAGAUAGUCAUGUAAAGAAAUGUUUGAGUUAGAGCAGCAAUUUUAAGUGUGUUUUGGUCCGGGAAGUUCAAAGUACCUUUAGGUUCAAUUAUAACUUAUUUACUCUGAUUUACUUUCUUUUCAUGCAAAAAUGCUUUUCCUCACUGUGCAAAUAAAGUAGACAGAAAGAUGCAGCCUUAAUUCGAAUGUAUCUUUAUAAGAUUUAUGGUAUUUUGUCCUAAUAGUUCCUCAACAGAGCGCUCGCCGAUAUCUCCGAUGAGGAAAAUAUAAACUAUCGUAUCUGCAAUCUUCGUCCGAACACGUUCGGUCGCAUCAAGUUUCCAGGCCGAACACGUUCGGUUACGAACCCUUUGGUGAGCGAAAAUGUUCGGUUACGAACCGUUCGGUCACCGAACUAUCGGAUUGCUGCAUGCCUACUUGUACGCAAGUAUUAAGUAUUUUAAAUGAAAUAACAUCGCCUACUGUCCAUACCAAAAUACAGUGCCGGGUGCCACUUUUUGAAUAACUUCUGACAGGAGAUAGGUAGAGAGCGGUUUUCACCAUUCGAAAGAAGACACUUUAGUCCGACUUUUCAUAAGCGGAAGC